ACAAGUCAGGCAUGCGCACAACUGUUUGAAAACCAUGCAGCGAGAUUCUUUUCGCCCAUAAAAUUUCACGAGGGCAGACAGGCUGCAAGUCAUUGGCCUGAAAACCGAAUAAUCAAAAUUUCCAGUGUACAUCGAAGUAUCUGGAGUUUGAUAUCAGCAUGCCUAAAGGAAAGAAGCCUGUUGUAGACUCAAGUGAUGGGGACGAUGCUGAUGCACCAUCUUUCAAUGAGCAAGCUGUUGCCCAUGCAUUGGCCACCAACCCAGCUCUGAUGGAGGCUGUCCAGAAUAAGUUGAAUGGGCUUGUUGGUGCAGCAUCUGGAUAUAUUGAAAGUCUUCCAGCUUCAGUGAAGAGAAGAGUAAAUGCUCUAAAAAACAUCCAGGUGGAAUAUGCUCACAUUGAAGGGAAAUUCUACAAGGAAGUUCAUGCUUUGGAAAUGAAAUAUGCCGAAGUCUUUAAGCCACUGUAUGAUAAAAGAAAAUCAAUUGUAGCAGGUGAAUAUGAGCCAACAGAUGAAGAAGCUAUUUGGGUUGAUCCCAGCGGGGAGGAUGAAGAUGAAGAAAAGGCUGAAGAAGAGAAAAAAGAUGAUGACAAUACCAAGGUAAAAGAGAACAAAAGUGAGGCUGAAAAACUCGCUGAGGAACUAAAAGAAAAAGUUGAUUUGGAUGAGGACAAAAAAGAAGAAGAUGUUAAAGGUAUAAAUGAAUUCUGGCUAACAGCGAUGAAGAAUGUAGAACUUCUCAGUGAAAUGAUACAGCCACACGAUGAACCCAUCCUUGGUCAUCUGACAGACAUAAAACUAAUCUUUAGUGGAAAAGAAGAUGCUGGAGAAGAAGAGGCUGAUGAUGAACUGGGAUUUGCAAUCGAGUUUCAUUUUAGCCCAAAUGAAUACUUCUCAAAUUCGGUUUUAACAAAAUCAUACAAAGUUCAAUGUCAUCCAAGCAAAGAAGACCCAUUUUCGUUUGAAGGAACUGAAAUAACCGGAUGCACUGGGUGUAGUAUCGACUGGAAAAAAGGUAAAAAUGUGACACAAAAAACGAUCAAAAAGAAGCAGAAGCAUAAAGGACGUGGUCAGACCAGGACUAUUACAAAAACAGUGAAGAACGAUUCAUUUUUCAACUUUUUUGCCCCUCCGGAAGUUGAUGAUGAAGAAGAAGAAAUGGAAGAAGACAUGGAAGCCCUUCUCGCAGCUGAUUUCGAACUAGGACACUUUUUCAGGGAACGACUGAUACCAAGGGCUAUUUUAUAUUUCACCGGCGAAGCUAUUGACGAGGACGACGAUGAUGAUUUCGAAGGAAGUGACGGAGACGAGGGCGACGAUGAAGAAUUAGACGACGACGAAGACCCCGAUUUUGUCCCACAACCGGGAGGAGAUAAGCCCGCUGAAUGCAAGCAACAGUGAUCGAUAAUUCGCAGUUUCCUGCUUGCUCAUUUCACUCCAUCAAUACACCAGUGUUUAUUGCAGUUUAUGAUAUCAUUGCAUUAGAUUGUGACCGGUAUUAUCAAGAAUUGUCCAGUAUCGGCCAUGCUGUCACCAUCCGGAACUACUGACUGUGUUUAUUUUUGCAGCAUAAUACAUCCAUCACCUAAGACUAAAUGGCAUUUGUGAAGAUACAUUUCUAAAAUAUUCGUGCAUCACAUUAAUUAGUUCAUUUAAUAAUGAAAUUUUCCGGAAGUGCGGGUA